AUGCCACAAGAUUCCUCAAAAGAAACGUGUAAUGGAAAUUUGUCACAUAAAACUGCUCUCUAUCAUCAUGAAACCUCAUUUCGACAACGUCACAGAAGUGGGAACAAAGAAUCUAAUUGGCAAACACCUGAUGAUUUCCUAUUGCAGUCAUUAAACAACAUCUUCAGCAUAGCGAUUUCUAAAACUAUCAACAACGCAAUUGAGGAUGGAGUAUCGAGAGAUUUGCGUCAUCAAAUAUCAAAGCAAUUGUCAGACUGUUGGAGUCAAGAUACGAAUCCAGAGUCCUUCCGAUCAAGACUCAAGGUUACACAACUACCAUUGUCAUUAGAUUUGGACGUUUUAGGUAACGUAACGAAUGACGCUGUGGAAGUGAAAAAUGUGUUGAGUGCCAAGGAAUUGAGUGAUAAACAAAAAAUGCUAGAUGCCUACCUCAUCGAGGAGAUAAAACAGCUCAAUGGGAUAAAAGAGCAUUUUUUCAAAAUGGAACAGGAUAGGAUUCGAGAUCAUGCAGCAUUGAAACUGUAUCGUGAAUCAGUCGAGAAUCUACUUUCCUUGAUGGACGUCCAAGUAGAAGAGCUACAACACGAGAUGAAAUUGGGACAAGAGGUUGGUGAUGAAGGAAUUUCGCUUGUUGGGUAUGAGUCCAUUAGUGAUUUCAAUCCCAACGAGGAUUCUGACGUAAGUAAGAGGCUUCAAGUAUUACAAUCCAAGCUAAGUAGUUUACUAGAAAAGAGUGCAUCUUUGAGAUCUUUUAAUGAUCGAUUGGAGUCUGUAUAUAAUUUAUUAGAUUGA